ACCUGUGAGCAGUGCGGAGUAGUAUGCUAUGCAGGUACGGUCAUCAGAUCCGCGGUGCUUGUUUCGGACAAGCAAUGGUACUAUUUAGGACAUCGGCGACCUUCUUGAGGCUUGUGACGCCCGUAUUGGAUCGGUUUCACGCAUCCUCGCGGUCGAAGCCAGUGAUCAGGCCUUCUUCGUGUAAUGAGAAUAUCUUCAAAGGAUGAGUAGGUCGCGCAGCCACUGGUUGAGGCUCAGAAUAGGCCUCUUCAGCAACCGCGGAGCUCGGCGGCUGCUAAGAUGAAACGUCUGUGUAUACUGUCAAUGCGACAGUCGUGGUAUGGAGCCUCAUCUGCAGGAGGUCCAGUCGGGUCGCC